AUGAGAUGUCAAGAAGAAGAACUUACCAAUAAUGAAAUUGAAAGAGAAAGGUGUUACCAAAACCUCCUAACCGAAUUAGCUCUAGAAAUCAGAAUUGAAAUAACCUGGUCGAUUGUAAAUGGAUACCAGAAUGAGCCUCCAAAUAGCAAUAAUACUAAAAGUGAAUUACAACUUACCAACUUGGACGAAGCUUAUUUAGUUGAUAUACCCCAAUGGGGUGAAACCCCUGAAGGACUGGAAUUCGAAGGCAGUAGUGAUAAUAGAUAUAAGGAUACGGGCUAUGGCUAUUAUAACCUGCAUCUAGAUUCCAAUAAUUGUUGGUGGAAUACUAACAAAGACAAAAAACUAUUCCCGGAAUUUACGGCUAACCUAGAAAGCUCAGAAUGGUUAUCAGAAUUUGAUGACAACAUUAAUUGGGACUAUAAUGACUCAUACAAAACUAAGAAAGUAUACAAACCAAUUAUGACUAGUACGAAUUUACUAACCAAAGUUGGAAGAUUAAGAACUUUGGAUUUCAGCAAAAUGAUAUCAAUACCAAAACUAGUUACGCUUGGUAGAAACUGGCCAGAGAUUGAUUAA